AUGGCCGCCAUCAACCCCACGACUAACACUGCUGGCACAACUGCUGGCCCACAGGCCCUGUUGGCACUCGCGCCGCGGCGGUGGAGCUGCGACAGGAGGGGUACGGGUGCUUCCAACUUUCUCUUGUUCAUUCUUGCCUUGCUACUCCCACCAGUUGCCGUGUUCUUCAAGAAAGGGCUCAGAGCUGACUUCUGGAUCAACGUCUUGUUAACGAUUCUUGGUUGGAUCCCAGGUAUCCUUCAUGCCUGGUGGGUCAUCGCGACCGCGAGACCGGUCGCCACGUACUAG